AUGCUGGGCGACAAUCUCCCCCCUCCGGCAGAGGUGGUGGCGCUCUUCCAGCAGCACAACAUCACCCGCAUGCGCAUCUACUUCCCCACCACGGAAAUCCUCGAGGCCCUGCGCGGGUCCAACAUCGAGCUCACUCUCGACGUCCCGCGGGAGGACCUCCGGCUGCUGGCCUCCGACGCCGCCACCGCCGGCGACUGGAUCGGCCGCAAUGUCCGUGCCCACUGGCCUAACGUCCUCUUCCGCCGACUGGUGGUGGGGAACGAGCUCAUCCCCAGCGUCGCCGAGGCCCAGUUCAUCCUCCCGCCAUGA